AGUAACUCUGUAGAAGAUACGAUCAACUGGCAUCAUCUCCCACAUCUACAUUCAUCAUCCUCUCCAGACGGACUUGGAUAAUCAGCAAAAAUGAAAUUGGCAAUCCUGUGCCUCUGUCUGGCUAGCAUGGCCUCCGCUGCACCUUCCAUCUUUCAUUACCUGCCUCAUUACGCGGGUUCCAGACAGCAGGUGCCGUCUUCACAGAUGAGGAAUCCCUUCGCAGCUGGUCAGUCUCUUCCAAACCCUGGAAUAGCUGGCGCUUACAGUGUGGAACUUAUUUAUCCACACAGCUUUGGUGCAGCUGGAUCAAACCCUGCACAGCCCUUUUCCUCCCAGGGUUUCAUCAAAUACUCCAUUCCUCAGCCACCAGGCAGACAGAGUGUGGAAGUCUACUACCCCUAUGACUUCUCCCAGCAAAGGAUAAUGACAAACAUCCCUCCUAUGACAAACGUCCCUCACAUGUCAAAUGUGCUCCCAUUUGAAUAUCCCCCUCAAAAUAUUCCUCAAAUCCCAAAUUUUCCCUCAUUUGAUGCCAAUCCUCUUCCAUCCCAGGAUCCUAUGCAGUCUCUCCAGCAGGACCAGCCCACGCAGACAAGCCAGAUGCCGGCGAAGGUGUGAAGUGGAGAAGCAUGAAAAGGAGGCAAAACUAUUCCUUCCUCCUUAACAUUCAGACAUCUGCAAAAGAACAUAUUAUGUUAAAUGACUGAAUCUGUUUCUGCAACAUGUGGAUGUGCUUACUUAAGUUAAGAUAACAUGCUAUGAUCAUACAAUAGCCACUUUUUAUUAGGAAUAUUGUUCCAAUAGUAACUAAAUCAAUACAAGGACAUCUGCAUAUAGAAUUAAACAUAUUUCUGAAGAAUUUUCUGCUUUACUUUAUAGCCUUCAUAGAUUUUCACUAUAUUUGUGUUAAUCAAGUACUUGCAAUGCUGUAUAUCCACAGUAUAUAACAGAUGUGCUGCAUACUCAUUUGAACUUUUCCAUAAAUGUAAUUUUCCUUAAGAAUUAAAGGUUUUC